UCUUGAUUGACAGAUUACGCAUCGUAAACAAAUUUUUAUAUCGACGAUUGUGAGCUUGUUACCGACAGAAAACAUCUUUAUUUGGUUCAAUUUUAUUCUAAAUACAAUGUAAAUAUUGUCAGACCAUGGCAGACCACCUAGGACCAUUCUGUCAGGAAAAUGGUAUAACAACCUCUCAUUUGAAAAAGCCAGAAACAUUGAAACCUAUAAAUGGGCUGAAGAAUGGACUAAUUCUUGAAAUUAAUACAUUUCUAGAAAAAAAUGGAGAAAACUCAACUGUUUUGUUCAAUGUACUAUGUCAGCUUAACCCUGAAUUCAAAGCAUCAACAGCCUAAUAUGUAAAAGCAAAAGUGUCAAGGACAUGUGAUCAGAAAAAAAAACUUGUCAAUAAAAAAAAAGUGCCUGGUGUAAAGAAUGUAAAAGACUUGCUGAAUGCAGAAUUUAAAGCCCCUGUCCCACAAACUGCUUCGAAAAGUGUCAUAAACUUUGAAAAUACUAGAUCACGAUUUGAAAGUAUAAGUGUAAGCGACAAUUUGAACAAAUCACAGAAUUUAUUAAAUUAUGAAGUCGAGAAAUUCGAGAAGCACAGCAAGAAACUCCAGAACCAAAUUGAAGAACAGAAAAUAACGCUCAACGCCCUUGAAAACAGAAUUGGGCAUUAUUCGGUUCGUAACGUGAAUAAACGCGAUGACACAGCAAAGAAAAAUCUACACUUGCUUCGAGACAGCCAACGUCUUACUAGAAAACAUGAAAUAGCACUAACAAAAGCUACAUCAGACUUGAACAUAUGUAGAGAAGAAAACACAGCUUUUGCAAAUGAAAUCAUGCAAUUAAAUGACAAACUCAACUUGUUGAAAGAAGAAGUAAAAACGUUGAAGGAUGAAGUAAACUCUGAAAAAACAAAGAAGCGCUCUGCCCAGAAAUACAACUCGUACAUACGAAGUGAACUUAGAACGAUAAGGGAUAAUUUGAAAGAAAAAGAACAGAGUUCCGAGAAACACUGCAACAACUGUGAAAAAAAUCAUUCUAUAUUGGCCGAGCGUGAAAAUGAAGUGUUUGAAUUGAAAGAAAGCAUCGAGAACCUUAAGUCGGAAAAACUGAAACUGAGAAAUAGUGACGGGAGUUACACAAAUGAAGUGCGUUUAUGUAUCAUGGAACUGUGUGGAUUGGAAGUUGCAGUAGAAAAAAUGUCGCCAGUCAUAAGAACCAUCUCAAAACAUUUAUUUAACGAGACUAUUGAUAGAAAGGACUUGCCUUCAAGCACUACAACACAAAACAUCGUUGACGAGGGCCAUUAUCUGGCCAAGUCCUACAUUUCGCAGAAAUUGUCCAAAACUGAAAAUUGGGGGCUUCACAGAGAUGGAACAACACGCAGAAAGCAAAAACUCUUGGAUACGUCAGUGUCGUUAGCCACCGGUGAAAGAAUAAGUUUGGGUUUUAACCGAGUGUCACACGAGACAGCAGUUACAAUUAACAAUGUGACUAAAGAUCAUCUAAGUGAACUUGCGACUCUGAAUUCCAACAUUACAAGUGCUGAUUCGGAAGAAUACAUCAAGGACUCUCUUGAGAAACUAUCGUACACAAUGAGUGAUCGCGCUGCAAAUGAGAAAAAGGCUGAUGCUCUGCUGGAUGAGUGGCGUUCAGAAGUGUUGAAGCACACAAAUAACCACGAACAAGUCCUGCAUUUUCACUGUAUGGCGCACGUGUUACUUGGGUUCCACAAUUACAUAUGUGCAUCAGACUUAAAGGAACACGAAAACAAACUGCUGGAAGAACAUGGCCCUCUCGGUCGCGACUCUUUGCCUGUCUUCAAGUACUGGAGCAAAAAGGGCACCGUUUUGGAACGUACUCUACGCACCACAUCAGAAGUUUUUGGACCGUCAGGUGAUCAUCAUGGUGUUCGGGACGCAUGGGAAGCAUAUUGCGCUGAAAACGGAAUAAAAUCCGUUAUCGGAAACUACAAAGACAACCGAUUUAAUGCGUUGUUUCAGACAGCUGCGGAAGUGUAUCUUCACCGGGAAGAUUUCAUAAAGGUCCUCCAAAGUGUAAAGUCAAACAAUCUUCUCCUUCAGUCUGUUUUAGCUGAUUUACAAUCUGAUCUGAUUAUGACAGAGGUACAGUGCCUAGGGUUGUACUAUUUAAAGCUGACCGGUCCUUACUGGAAUCUUAUGGUGAACAAUAAAGUACCGUAUGUACAAUUGUACAAAGAUGUACAAAUUAUUCACAGCUACCUGAAGGAACUAGAAGUUAAUCCCGCCAAUUUACUUCAAGAUGUCCCCCUCCGCGAAAAAGAUGCUUUAAAAGUCCCUUAUCAUGACCUACUGAAACAAAAGCUUGAAAGAAUUAGCGAGGAAAGUAAAUACAGAGAACUGUUUCAUGAAAUGGUGAAAAUGACAUCCAAAGCUAUGAAAAGAACUGUGGAGAAGCAGUUGUCAGACUUUCUUGAUGGUGGUAAAUUUGGGCAAGAACCCGAAGAAAAGCAAUUGGAUCGAACAAGCUUCGCUCUGUUGACAAACUUGACAUGCGAGCACCACUUUGGUCAUCUAGACAGCAGUCAGCGGAAACGACCCGGAGCAAGUCUUCACCACCAUACAUCUGUCCAGCUCUUAAAACAAAGCCGAACGCCAAUGAUGAAAUGGAUAGAGGAAAUACCUGAAAGUGAUAAAACGAAGUUAUUAAAAUCCGCACGUCUUGGUGGGAAAACAAUGAGAAAAAAACAUCAACAACAAGAUCGCAAGGUUCUAUCUGAAAUAAAUGAAGAACGAAUUCUAAACAAACAAAAAAAAGACAGCAAAAAAAGAAAGGCGGAAGGAAAUCUACAUUGUGAUAGAGACAAAAGUGUUUGCUUAGACGAACAGGAGGAUGGUUAUUCAGAAGCGGAAGAUGAAGCCAAAUUGUUAGAAAUGAUACCGACAGACAAAUGUGUCAAUUGCAAUGAAUAUGUGGCUAUUGCAUACCAGGAUGCUUGGUAUCCUGGUAUGGUUGUCGAUGUUAAAGACAAAGAACACUUUGUGGUCACAUUCAUGACUCCCACUAGAACACUUGGCCAGUACAAAUGGCCUCUACGAGAAGACAUCCAGACCGUUCAGAAAAAAUUCCUCAUUUCUGUUGGAUUCGUGCCCGACUGUUUAAAUUCUGGACGGUUAUGGAACGUUAAAGAGGCACAAACAAUAGACAACAUCUAUAAGAAAUAUUCAUUAAUUUAUUUCAAGGAUUAAAAAGUUUUAGACUGUGUGUAUAUAUUCUUCCCCAGAUGUUGAAAAGACAUUCCGUCCCCCCCAAACACCUGUGAAAAUUUGAUUUGAAAGUUUAGACUGAUAAUUAUUUUCAAUGUAUCAUAAAUAAGUUAAAUUUGCUGUAUCAUAAAUAAGUUAAAUUUGCUUUAAAAUGUAAAUAUCCAUUUUAAGUUAUUCCAAUAUUGUUUUUUGAAUAAAUAAAUGUGUUCAUUGUAGAUAUUUUAGCCUGAUGCCUUUCGGUAAAAAAAGGUAAUAUAUC